AUGACCGAAAUAUCAGACUCUGAGCUUCAUAGUUCAAAUGACAACCAGAUUGGGGACACUUCUGAUCAUGAGUACUUUGAUGAUUUUAAUAUCUUUGACAGUGACCAAGAAGAAGAAGACUACGGCGCCUUUCAAGACUUCGAUGAUUUCUCCGACAACCAAGACAGCAAUCAGGAUUUCGCUCCUUCCCCCUCAAGAGAAACAAAUAUUGAAGGGCUGACAAUGAGUAUUUCCGAUGUUGAGCUCUCAGAAGACAGACCAUCUCUCGUGUUCUUUGAAAAAUUCAACCAGUUUCCCGAAGAAAUUCAAAUGAGCAUUUGGCACUUUAGUGCUCUACAAGUCAGGCGUACCAUCGUCAUGGCAUUGCGGGAAAAGACUUUCCAGUUUGAAAAUUAUCCUUCUACACCAGCUUUUAUGCAGGUAUGUCAGCAAGCACGAAAAUAUGGCAGGGAAUACUUCUAUGCUGUUGACGCGAAGGGAGUCCCGCAUGAUGUCACCGACCCCCAACAGGUUGACGAGUCUUAUUUCUAUGUCAACCCCAUCAGCGACGACUUUAUCUUGAAAUUCGGAGAUGAGACGUUUUGUCCUUCGCCGACGUACUGUCCCAUACAGUUUAGUCCGGAGUAUAUGCGAAAGGAAUUGAGAGCUCAGGAAAAAGAACUUUAUAAACUCGAAGAAGAAGAGGAAGACGCUCGUCUUGAGGCGGACAUAGGCCAUAUAAGAUUACAUGUUCCUGCCGUAACCACAAUAAGUUGGGGCUCGUUGUUUCAACCCAUUCCCGCUACACCUGCAAGCGUAGCAAGACCCGCUCCCCAUCGUCCCGGCGAGCCAAUUUUCCCUCCUGCGUCAAUACUUCCUCACUUCUUCGACAAGAUUCGAUCGGUUGGGAUCAACCUCUCACUUGAUUGCCCAGGAGUUGUCGGGUUUGAAGCCAUGAGCGCUGAGCAACUCCAACAAUGGACCGAAGAUCAAGUUACUUGCAAAUUCAACAUGGUGUUCAAGAAAAUCAUGGAUCGUCUUCCUCAUCUCGAACAUGUAUUUGUGGUAGUGAGAGCAUACGGGCGAAGUAAUCGGUGUGAAUCAGAACGGGGUUUCCCGCGUGAGCUGGAGAAGAAGAAAUGGACGAGUGUGGGCAUGGAAAAGGGAACGGCGAGACGGAUGGGAUAUAGAGAGUUUAAACAGUUUGAGAAUCAGGCAAAGGUUUGGUUAAUGCAUGAGAGGAUUGAUAGGGGAAUGCAGUUGAAUAGAAUCGACUUUGGGUUAUAUGUUCAGACAAAUAUUUUGUGGGAGAUUUAG